AUGGACAUCAGGAAGGUCCAGAUCGAGCAGUGGAUUGACAGGGCCAAAAUUCCUCUUAUAGCUGGGCAUUAUGGUUUCGGCGAAGUGUGUGUUCUCAAUUGGCGUAGUGACGAAGACGAAGCCGAUGCGGAAAAGAAGAUUGAAGAGGCCCUAAUUGAGCCGCUCCCCUCUGAGAGCGACUGGCUCGCCAGCAAUCCCGAGGCUCCCGCUGAGGCGGCUCGUUCUUCCGGCGUGAAGUGCUCGUCGUCGCUGGUCUCCUUCCGCCACGCGCUCGUGUGCAAGCGCUGGUUGCGCGUCUCUCGACUCGUGCAUCCCGCCAUCGUCGUUCCGCUCGACCGCUUCUUCUCCGCGCGCGCUCUCGCGUCCCUCCUCCGCGCGCCCGCGACCGCGGGGUUCCCCAACCUCCGCCACCUUCACCUCGCGCCCAACGCGCUGGACACCGUCGAUUCCGCGCUCGUGCGCGCCAUCUGCGUCGGAUCUGGGCCGUCCUUAUCGCACCUCACGCUGCAGCUACACGAUGCCUGA